CUUAAGAGGACUGAAAUAUUUGGAAGGAAACGUGGGUAUAGUCAUUCCCCUGAAUGGCAGCUGUAAUUCAUCUACACCCAUGUUCCAAAACAUUACCACAACUUCUCCAUCUUUCACAGAUGCUGAAGGACUGUUGAAGUUGAGUGCAAAAGCCCCGUCUUUAAAUGCCACGCAGGUGGAGCAGAUCUUAUCACAGCUAGAGUCACUCCUCUUUGGGCCCAACAUCAGUCUGGCCUUGGCAAACACCUCCAUCAAUAUUGUCAGCAACCUCCUCAAUGUUCCUGUAGCUGUAAUGACUCCUUUCUCAAAGAGGGCCAUUGGGAUUGUGGAUACAGUGGGUCUUAAAUUGGUUGUAUCAGGGACGAGUCAGUCAAUACUUUCACAAUCACUGGCAAUGGCAGUGAAGAAAGUCGAUGGGACCAACUUUCAGGAGACAUCCUUCUCGUUAAUCGAAACAUCUAACGUGCAGAUUCAAAGUCACCCAGCCUGGAGAGACUGA